AUGAAAGCUGCCUAUUCAUGUGACUCGAGCGGGAAGACGUCGUCCCUGUUGCUGAGGCUGGACGUGAUUUCGCGUUUCGGGGUACAAUUCGAGUUCUCGGGCUGGAUCCCCGGUUUCCGCAUCGACAGAGUCAUGCUCGAUUUCAAAUACGUCGUGCCUGAGGAUGACCCUUUCAUGGUAGCUUGUGCGGCCGGCGACGUCGACCUCGUCCGCGAACUUUUGCUGAAGUAUCCCGCCAGUCCACACUACCGAGAUAGUUGGGAGCAAUCACCGCUGGGUGUCGCCAUUGCAGCUGGUCAUGGUCACAUCUGCAAACUCCUGAUCGACAACGGUGCCAAAGUAGACUCGACCUUUGGCAUGUAUCACACGUCGACACUUUCAUGUGCGCUGCGACACAGGAAUUUGGAAAUCACCCGGCUGUUGAUCGCGGAAGGCGCACAGUUCGACCAUACCAACGCGUGGGGCUGGUCGCCGUUUUUCUAUCUCUGGUCGGACACCGUGCGGCAAGAGCAGGCUUCGGCCCUCAUAGACCUCCUGCGAAGUCAGAGCGAGGUGGAAUGGCAAAGCCUGCACCGUGGCGUCGUCGACGACGCCGGGUGGACGGUCCUCGCGCGGUGCGCCGUCUUCGGCACCCCAGCAGAUAUGCUCACCCUGAUCAGGUACGGGGUCGAUCCGACCGAGGGACCCCCCGCCUCAGGCUGGACGGCCUUGCAUUUCGUCGUCCAACACGGCGUGGAAGAGGCAUUCUUCUCGCUGUUCCCGUGGUUUCGCGACCACGGGGACGUCGAUCUCCCGGACUUUGCAGGCUGGACUCUACUCCACCUUGCCGUGGAGAAUGGGAAUCCUAAUAUCAUCCGCCAUUUGUUGCGGAAUGGGGCGGACUGGCGGGCGCGGACACUGCCGUCGUACAACAAGGACAUUCCCGAGUCAUUACGCGGGAUUUCUGCCUCGACCGUCCAGAUCGCGGCAUCAUGCGGCGAUCAGAGAUAUGUCGACUUCCUUGACAUCCUUGACGAGCUGGGCGUACUUGACGAUGAGGCAGGAGAUGCAUCGGGUGACGAAGACGUCUGGUCUGACGCCUUGGUGGACCAAGCUUGA